UUUAAUAUAGUCAGUAAAAUUGUAGGCUAUAUAAAAAUGGAUAUUUCGGCGCUUUCCGAACCCAAUUUCAGCGCAGCUGAUUGGAUUAAUUCAAAUUACAAUAAACAUAUGGAAGAUAAUGACAAAAAGAGCGGCGUCGAUGCUUCUGCCAUGCAAUUUAUACAAAGCUACGUGGCCAAGUUGCAGCUGUAUGUGCAGCAGGUAAACUAUGCUGUCGAGGAGUCCAGUCAGCAGGUAGUGGCCAGCAUGCCGCGCAUAGCCAAAGAAGCUGCCACACUCCAAAGCGACGUAGCAUUGUUGCAGGAUAAGAUGAGCGCUAUGCGUCAGGAAGUGGCAGCUGUGCAGGAGGAAACAGGCGAUUGUAUGGCCAGUUUGGAACGCUUGCAAUCGAUGCAGAGUAAGCUGCAGGCAGCUAAGGAAUCAUUGCAAGAGUCCGAUGGCUGGGGAAAUCUUCUGGCUGAACUUGAGGAUUGCUUCGAACGGAAUGAUAUGAAGGGCGUGUGCGACAAGCUGCUGGCGUUGCAAAAAUCGCUGCAGGCACAGGAGCAGCUGCCCGGACAUGCGGAGCGUCAGACACAGGUGGAAGACUUAAAAAAUCGAUUGGAGGCCAUGGCAUCACCAAGCUUGGUGCAAGCACUAUCCGAAUCGAAUCUGGAAAUGGCUCAACGUCAUGUGCAAAUCUUUGCCAGCAUAAAGCGCGUGCCACAGCUGUUGCAAUAUUAUCGCGCCGUGCAAAAGAAUAUGCUGCAGCAGCAAUGGAAGCAAUUACUGGAACUGCAAGCCAGCGAGUCGCAGCAGCACUUUCUAACGCUCUUCUAUGAUCAGCUUCUAGAGCAUAGUCAGCGGCAAGUUAAGUGGUGCACACAGCUAUUUGCGCAGCAAGCGCAGCUUGAAUUAGAGGGACAGUCGCAGCCAAUUUUGGUGCUGGCAGAGCUCCUACCAGCGUUGCAGCCAACACGCGAUGCACACAUUCUCCAACUGUUAAAGACGUCCAAUGAGCGACUCGAGCUCCUGGCGAAGUAUGCCCAAGCCAAUCAUAGCUUUGUGCUGCAGCUGAACACAAUGCUGGAGCAAACUCAUAUUGUACUGUCGCCGGAGCUCUGCCGACAGUUGGGCUUCGCAGUCUUUGAGUAUUUCCACAAGUUUAUACAACAAUAUCCACGUCUGGAGGAGACGCAGCUAUCCACACAAGUAGAUAGACUGCUGUCCAAUCAGAGUACACCCAGCGAUGCAGUCCAUCAUCUGGAGCAGAGCACGCGCAAGCUUUAUGAAUGGCUGCAAGACGCACUGACACGCUGUGCGGCCAUAACCAAUGAUCUGGCACUGUGCAAGUUUAUCGCGCUGCUCAAUGGCAUCUUCAAGCGUCAGCUGGAGCACUUUAGUCGGACACAACGACAGCUAAGUUUAAGCUUGGGUAACAGUGGCACUAAUACUGGCGGAGCACGCAAUGAAAACUGGUCACUGCUACAAUACACCAUGUCCCAGCUGCAAUGUCUGGCCGACUUUCAGCAGCAGCUGCAACAGUUUGAGCAGACGCUCCAUGUACGCCUCGCAAACUUGGCCCAACUCUUGAAUGCCUCCGCAGGUGCUGGAGUAAUUCUACCAAUUCAUCAAACCUGUGAGCAGCCCAUACGUAACCAGCUAUUAGCCAGUAUAGCUGACUAUCAACAGAAGCGUAAUGAUGCCAGCAGCACUGAGAGUCUAGGGAUCUUUCCACAAAUCUAUGCCACGCUCAAAACAUAUCUGGGAGAGACUCACGAUAUUACCUUGAAUAUAUUGCUGCAGCCCAUUGAGGUGCAUUUGGCACAGAUACGUCCGCCGCUCGAUGUCCACAACUCCGCUGGAUUGGACAUGCCCACGUUUAGUUUUGCGCCACAAGAGUGCAUAACACAGAUUGGCCAAUAUUUGCUUACGUUGCCGCAGCAUCUUGAACCACUCUUGCUGUCACCCUCCCCGCUACUCAAGCAGGCCUUAGAGCUGUGUAAUAUUAAGUAUACUCAAGCCAUUCCCUGCGCUGAUGUGUUGCUCUCCUUAAUUGUGGAACAGUGUUGUGUGCUGUACCAGACCCAAAUAUUGCAAAUUAAAUCACUUAGCAUCUCCGCCGCCACCCAGCUUAGUGUGGACAUUGAGUACUUGUCCAACAUGCUUGAGGAACUUGGUCUGACCAUCACUGUUCAGCUUUCACAGAUUCUGACGUUACUUAAAGCGGCGCCCGAUCAGUAUUUUAAACUAAGCAGUGGCUGCGAGCCUCGUCUGGUCACAGCGAUUAGACAAAUGCGCAACAUUAUAUCUACACAAUAAGCUAUUGAAACUAAUCUUAAAGGACGUAUUUUGUUCAAUAAAAUC